AUGACCAAGAUCUACCUUAUCGUGGACUUCGCCGACGGCGGCGAGCUCUUCUCCAAGCUCUCCUGCUGCGGCCGCCUCCCAGAGUCCCUCGCGUGCCGCUACUUCGCGCAGCUCGGGGUUGGACAAGGUUCUCUCUAUGCUGGUUCCCUCUACUACAAGUCCUCUUUGCCUGAUGAAGCUGUGUAUGACAAGGAGAGACCUGGAGUUACAUGGCCGAAGCAGUUAAAUGCUCCCCUUGCAGCCGUUGAUCCUGAGAUUGCUAAUAUAAUUGAGCUUGAGAAAGCUAGGCAAUGGAAGGGGCUGGAACUGAUACCGUCUGAGAAUUUCACUUUUGUGUCUGUCAUGCAAGCGGUUAGGUCCAUCAUGACCAACAAAUACAGUGAGGGGUAUCCUGGUGCAAGAUAUUAUGGUGGAAAUGAGUAUAUUGACAUGGCUGAAACACUGUGCCAGAAGCGUGCCCUGGAAGCGUUUAGAUUGGAUCCCGCUAAAUAGGGAAGUAAGAACAUGAGAUAUAUAAGUUCUGUUAGUUCUCUUUAUUUGAUUCAGAAUUUGCCAACCUAGAUGGCUAAAAUUAAAAUUUCUCUUUUUCCUUUCUGCUUAAGGCUCUAAUGUUUCUUGUUACAAUAUCAAAUUAAUUUGGUAGCCUUCUUGUAAAUCUCUUUGUUGUAAGAUUAACUUCAAAUUUCUGUGGUUUAGUAGCAUUGGUUACGUGUGUUGUGUA